AUGGGUGAUGCACCAACAACGGUAGCAGCAAUAAGUCCAGCUUGUCCAAUUUUUGCAUCUUUCUUCGGCUUUGGAGGGGUAGCCGCUGCAAUGGUAUUUAGCUCAAAAGCAGGAAUUGGUAUCGCCGGUGCUGGUACAUUUCGACCAGAACUUAUCAUGAAGUCACUUUUACCGGUUGUUAUGGCUGGUAUCAUUGCCGUUUAUGGUCUCGUAAUUGGAUUUCUUCAUAUGGGAUCUGGACUUGGAGUUGGACUUUCCGGAUUAGCAGCAGGAUAUACUAUUGGCAUAGUUGGUGAUGCUUGCGUAAGAGCUCAUGCACAACAAACAAGACUUUAUGUAACCAUGGUCUUGAUUUUAAUUUUUGCUGAAGUAUUAGGUCUUUAUGGUUUAAUUGUCGGAUUAAUUUUAAAUACUAGAGCUGAAAAUAAAUGUUAA